UCUAUUGUAUACUUUUUAUUGUUGUUUAUCGAAUAACAAAGAAGAUACAUCUUUAGUAAAAACUAUCGUAUAUCGAACUUCUCAACUAUUAUUAUAAUUAGUUGUACGGAUUCGUCUGAGGUUAAACAAUAAGAUAUACCAACUAUAGUUUUGAUGAUGAACAUAAGAAGAGAAGAAAAAAAAAAUUCUCGGUUAGAAUUAAAGAUCAUUAUUAAACGGAGAAUGUUAUAUUCUUACGGUAGGCUUGUAAUUCAAUAUCGUAAUUCCCUUUUUCCUGUUAAGUUACGUUUAACUUUAGCAAUUCUUUUUUUUUUAAAUGUAAAUUUAUCAUUCCUAAAAAAAAAUUGAUAUUUGAUAUCAAGAUUAUAGUAAAAAAUUCUCUAUAGAAGAUCUUUGCUUCAUUCUUAUUAUCUUCUAAUGAUACUAAAAUACUGAUAAAUAUAUGUUGACUUGCAUACUUUUGAGAUAAAACAUUCACUUUUAUUCUCAGAUAUAUUCUAACAAAUAUAAUAAUAUUAAUUUAUCAUUUCUUAAAUAUGAGAAAGACUAAUUUUUUUUUGUAUUUUGAAACUUUUCAUAGAGAAUAGAAAUAAUUAAUUAAUUCAAUUCUAUAUUUUAUUAGAAGCUGAAGAAUUAUCCAAAAAAUUUAUGGAACAAAAUAUUGAAUUACAACAUGAAAUUGAAACAUUUCGUUCUAAACUUGAUUAUAUUGUAACAUAUAUUAAUCAAAAAUUGGAUCAACAAAAAACAACAACAACAACAUUAUCAUCUUUAUCUAUACAUCAAUUAGUAUUUGAAACUAUGCAACAAACAGAAAGGAAAUUACUUGAAUUUAAAUUAAAAUUUAUUUCACAACAAGAAGAAAAUGAUCUUUUAAAAUAUUUAAUGGAAAAAUCACAAAAUAUAUCAGAUAUUGAACAAACAAAAUUAUUUUCUAUUAUUCAACAACGUUCACUUGAACGUGAAAUUGAUCUUGUUCGUCAAGAACUUGAAAUUACAGAGAAAAAAACUAUUCAAUUUGAACAAACAUUUGAUAAUUCAGAUGAAGGAAUUAAAUUUCAUAUGGAAAAUCUUAAAUUAAAAUGUGAUGUAUUACAUAAACAUAUUCUAACAUGUAGUCAACGAUUAGAUGAUAUUAAUAAACAAAAUCUUAUGAAAUUAACAAAUGAAAAUCAAAUAUUAAAGUAUAGACACAAACAAAAAAUAUUCGAAUUUUAUUUUUCCUAUGAUUUUUUUUUUUGCAAUAAAAAUAUUGAACUUGAAUUUGAAUUAUUACGUUUACGUGAACGCUAUAAUGAAUUAAUUGAACAUACAAAUACACUUAAAUAUGAAUUAAAUAAUGUACAAAAACAAUUACAUGAAAAAGAAAAAAUUGAACCAAAUUUAAAUGUUGUUUUGGAAAAAGAACGACGACGUGCAGAUGAAUUUGAAAAUGAUUAUAAAUCUUUAAAAAUAAAAUAUGAUGAUGUAUGUGAACGUAUUCGUAUAGCUACACAUCAAUUAGAACAUGUACAAAUUGUACUUGAAGAAACACCACGUCGUUGUGAACGAUUAGAAAAAGAAAAGUCUGAAAUUAAUGCUCAAUCUGAAUAUCUUUCACAAAAUGUUCUUAAUGUAACAUCAAAAUAUAAAGAUAAAUUAAAUAUAAUUAAAGUUCGUUGUGAUGGAAUACGAGAAAGUGUUAUAGUAACAAAAAUAUUUGAUGUUAAAAUUAUUCCAUCAGAUCAUUCAUUAUCGGAUGAAUAUGAAAAUCGAUAUUUAUAUGAAUUACAACAAGAACGAAAGGAAUUAAUGAGAAAGAUGCAAAAUGAAAAUGAACAAAUGCAACAAAAAUUAUCUGAAUCAAUGCGUCGUUCAACAAUUAAUUCAUUAGUACAAGAAAAUCCAACUAAUUAUACAUAUUCAAAUUCUCAAAUACAAACAAAUGUUUUAAGAUGUGCACAUUGUUUUGCACCUAAAUUAAAUGAUUUAUAUACACGAUUUUGUACGGAAUGUGGUCUAUCUUGGCAAAAACUAACUCAUAAUCCACCGGAUAAUUAUUCAACAAGAAUUCUAUGUCCUCAUUGUAAAUCAACAAAUCCAAUACAUUUACGAACAUGUUAUAUGUGUGAAAAUGUAUUAAUACCAACAUCGACAUCACCAGAAAAACGAACUUCAAUUUCAAUUCCAACAAUAUCAAAACAAACAAAUACAAUGAUGAUAACAUGUUCAAAAUGUUUUCGUUUAAAUAAUCCUAAUGCUCGUUUUUGUGAUUGA